CAAAUUGUUUUUCGCUUUCGACAGUUUUCAUUGACGAGAGAAUUUUGUUCAAGUUGUUUCUUGAAGUAAUAAUUAAGCAGUUCACCAGUGCCGAAUGCUAAUAAACCGAGUCGUUAAGCUUCACCGUCAUGGAUCCAUUUAAAUGUAUCGUGACGUUGCUCAGCUUAAGCUUGGUCCUCGCUGUUCCCCAAUCCAUACUUGACGAAACGGGCGCAUCGAUCGACUUACAGGAGCCUCAACAAGACCAAGGCGGACUCAAAGGCAGGAAAAUAGCAGUGGAACAGCCUCAGAAAGCCGAACGGGCCUUCUCGGUUGGCCAGUCUAUGAACCAAGGUAUAAACCAAGGUGUAGGCCUAGCCCAGGACAUAGGCAAGGGAAUUAAGAGUGCAUUUGGCAAUUUAUUUGGAAAAGGACCGAAGCGGUGCGAUCCAGCCAGGCCGCAUAGCGCUCACCCGACCGAUUGUUAUAAGUUUUACCAUUGCGUCGAUCGUCUUACUGGCAUCGAGCAAGUGGAAAAAACCUGCAAUCCUCCGACAAUGUUCAAUCCGGACACGAUGGUUUGCGACUGGCCCGAGUCGGUCAUGCGACUCCGCCCGGAAUGCGCAUUUGCUGACGCUGCAUCACCCGCUCGCUCGCCAGCAGCCGCACCCAGUUCAGGAUUGAAAGCUCCCAGCAAGCUUACUCCUAACAAAAAUGCGCCGCUCUACUUCAAAGGAGGGUGCACCGAAAGGCCUCCGACACCAGCCAAUGCAAAUGUCAAAUGCUCACCAAAUAGUGGCAACUGUGACGUCAAAUGCUUGGAGGACUUCUCGUUCCCAGACAAAUCAACACAAAUGCAAAUCCGUUGCGAAGCACCUGGGAUCUGGAAAGUUGCCAACUGGGACAAAAUGCCCGAUUGCGAACCUAUCUGUAUGCCGCCGUGCCAAAAUUUGGGCUUUUGCAUAGCGCCCGGUGUUUGCAACUGCCCGGACAAUUUCGAAGGUUCAGAAUGUCAGUUCGCCAAAAGCAAACCUUGCCUCGAUAAGCCACCAACUCCGAUGAAUUCACGAGUCGUUUGCAACGAGAAAGAAUGCAUCUCGACCUGCAACAGAGGUUUCACCUUUCCUGGUGGCUCCAAGAAACUCACAAUGAUUUGCGACUCUGGAAAUUGGAUCCAGCGCCAACAGCAACCCGGAACCUUUCAGAAAGUUCCCGACUGCCAACCCGUAUGCGACCCACCGUGUGCAAACGGAGGAAGAUGUCUGCCGAAUAACUUUUGUGAGUGUCCCCAAGAAUUUCGAGGACCGCAAUGCAAUUAUCCUGUGGAGAAUUGCGCCCCUGAGCGGAUGAACUUCAACGGCGGCUACAAUUGCUCCGGCGGAAGUGCUUCGUUCAGCUGUUCACUCAACUGCGGUGCUGAUGGUGUUUUCGAGUUCCCACCAGCUCCUCGGUAUACUUGCGAGUAUGCCAAGGCCCAAUUCGUCCCCGAUCCUAUACCCCAGUGCAUCUUUGCGAGUCAGCAAGUUCAGUACUUCAAAUCCAACUCGACAAGUCAUUCCCAAAUGUUGAUCGAGCAAAGUUCGGAACUCGAAUGGAAUGGCCAGAAAACGGUGAAAGAGGAGACGGAAUGGUCGUUGAUACCCGGCAAAGGAGUUUGGAGUAAGAAACAAUACGAAAAAUACUUUGAAAACUUCUUUUCUGGCGGCUCCAAUGGGGAAUACGUCAUCAACAUUCCCGAGGAUUCUCUCGUUCGGGAAACCGCCGCCCGACCCGGGACAUGUUUGGCUUGGGGAGGCGCUCACUAUAAAACGUUCGACGGUAAAGUCUACAGUGUGCACAGCGAUUGCAGCUACGUGAUGCUCAGGGAUGCCGUGGCGUCCACUUUCAGCGUCAUCUACGGUGUCCAUAAAUGUCCCUCUAACUCCAAUUGCAAGCGAUUCGUCAACGUCCUUGUCGAGGAUUUCACUUACGAAAUCGAUACCAACGCCAAUGGUGUUCCUUACGUUCGAAAAGGAGAUCAAUCUCUUACUCUACCUAACCAAGUCGACGGACUGCUGUUCGAGCGGGUAGCGAAUUUUGUGAUUGUCCAAGCUGAAGGAUUGGGUUUUACGGUCAAGUGGGACACUAAGGCGACCGUCACUAUCGACGUGAAUCACGCGCUGUGGAAUCGCACAGCGGGUCUCUGUGGGCGUAUCAAUGGAAUGUGGGUGGAUGACUUUGAAAAUCGCGACGGUACCAGAGGUUCUAGCCUCCUUGGUUUUGUCAACAGCUGGGAAGCAAGCGGUUUGACAGAUCAAUGCCUAAGCAACCCGAACGAAAAACACGCUUGCAAGUGGGACACUCCGCAAGAUCAACAGGUGUCUAACGAAGCCACUCAAAUGUGUGAACGUAUCCUCAAAGACGAGAAAUUUGAAAAAUGUCGAAAGGUAGUGGACCCAAGAUCAUACUACGAAGCAUGCCGAUGGGAUUAUUGCCAGUGCUCGAACUCGAAUCGGGAGGACUGCGCUUGUUCCGCUUUAGAAACCUACUUCCACGAAUGCUUGCGACACAAUGUCGAGUUGCCAGACGGUUGGAGGAGCCCUAGCCUAUGUCCCAUUGAUUGUCAGAACGGCCGUGUCUACAAAAUGUGCGGUCCAAUCAGCGAUGAAACAUGCUCCAGUCCCGUUACGGCCGAGCCCGUCAGACCGACAGAUUUGUGUAUCGAAGGAUGUUACUGCCCCAAAGACUCUGCUCUACACAAGGACCAAUGCAUCCCACGUUCAGAAUGCCCAUGCACGUUGCGCCAGAAGACGUACCAACCGGGUGAACAAGUGCCCAAUGAUUGCAACACUUGCACCUGCGUGGCUGGCGAGUGGCAGUGCACCGAUGUUCGUUGCGGGUCCCGCUGUGCAGUCCUGGGAGAUCCUCAUUACACCACCUUCGAUGGCCAUCAUUACGACUUCAUGGGCAAGUGCUCCUACUAUCUAAUGAAAGGUGACAACUACAGCGUCGAGGCAGAAAACGUACCCUGCUCCGGAGCCAUAUCUCAGGCCAUGAAUUAUCCAGUCAAGAGCCUCUCCACUGUUCCGUCGUGCACGAAAACGGUGACCAUCAGGACCGAUGGCGGAGACGUCAUCAAAUUGAAGCAGGACCGUGAGGUCACUGUCAACGGAGAAGAAGUCCUCCUCCAGCCUUCUGUUUGGAUUGAUGGUGUUGUUAUCCGACACGCCUCCUCCGUCUUUCUUGCCGUGGAGCUUCCAAAUGGGUUGGAAAUCUGGUGGGACGGCCUCAGCAGAGUCUACAUCGACGCUCCGCCCACUUUCUUUGGAACAACAAAGGGUCUGUGCGGCACGUUUAAUGAGAAUCAGAGGGACGAUAUGACGACGCCAGAAGGUGAUGUCGAACAAUCGGUUGCGGCCUUCGCCAACUCGUGGAAAACGAAAGAAGUGUGCCAGGACGCCUCAAUUGACCUGGAGCCGAUUCAUCCGUGCGAACUCAACGGCCACAAAAAGGCAGAAACGGAGCGCCAAUGCGCCAAAAUCAAGGAUACCGUCUUCGAACCCUGUCACCAGGUCGUCGAUCCCGAGCCUUUUUAUCGAGAUUGCCUGUACGACGUGUGCUCGUGUCAGGUGAAACUGGGCGAGUGCCUCUGCCCGACCAUCGCCGCUUACGCCAAAGAGUGCUCGCAGAAGGGAGUUCUCGUCGACUGGAUUCCCGAAGUGCGAGAAUGCGGUGUUCACUGCCGCGGUGGCCAGACGUACCAAGUUUGCGCCAACAGCUGCGCCCGGACCUGCUACGACAUUGCGCUCUAUCCGAAAUGCCGCAAAAAGUGCGUCGAAGGCUGCAACUGUCCCGAGGGCCAGACGCUGGACCCAUUUGGCCUGUGCAUUCCCAUCCACGAAUGUCCGUGCAUCCAUAAAGGAAUCGAAUAUCAGCCGGGCCAUAAAGAACUCAGACCGGGAGCGCGUUCGCCAGACCUCUGUACUUGCAUUUCGGCCCGCUGGCACUGUCAGCCCGCUACGCUGGAAGAACGGGAUCUGUUGGCGAACGUAACCCUACGGACCCAGAUGGAAUGCCGCUCGUCGCACAACGAGGAGUAUACCCCUUGUGAACCGGAACACCAACUCACUUGCAAGACUAUGGGCCAGCAGGUUUCAAUGAAAAAGCCGGUUGAAUGUCGCCCGGGAUGCCAGUGCAAAAAAGGAUAUAUUUUCGAUCCGACCAGUAAAACCUGUAUCAAACCAAGCGAAUGUCCUUGUCAUCACGCCGGACAGAGUUACAGUGAAAACAACCGGAUCACGCAAGACUGCAACACUUGUACGUGUCACUCUGGUAAAUGGGAAUGCACCAAAAAUCAAUGCCCAGGGUUGUGUACGAACUGGGGCGAAUCACACUACAAGACAUUCGACGGCAAACAGUACGAUUUCCAUGGGAAUUGCGAUUACAUGAUGGCCAAAGGAGCCGCGACUGAACCCAACGAGAAAUUCCACGUCACCGUCCAGAGCGUUCCUUGCGGGAGCAGCGGGGUUGCGUGUUCGAAAUCCGUCACGCUACGUCUUGGUUCAACCGGCGCUGGUGAAGAAAGUAUCACGUUGACCCGCCACAAGAAAAUCCCUUUGGGCAAAUUCUCUGAACGAAUUCUCGUCCGUGAAGCUGGUCUCUUCAUUUUCAUCGAAGUAGCCGAUUUGGGUCUAGUCCUCCAAUGGGAUCACGGCACUCGGAUUUACUUGCGGUUGGACCCCAAGUGGAAAGGUCGGGUUCGCGGAUUGUGCGGUAAUUUCAACGACAACGCUCUAGAUGAUUUCCAGUCACCCUCUGGUGGCAUCACCGAAGUGGAUGCACGUGUGUUCGGUGACUCUUGGCGCUUGCAGAAAUAUUGCCCAGAAACGCCCAGCGAUUACAUUGAUACGUGCACUCUUCAUCCGCAUCGCAAAGUUUGGUCGGUGAUGAAAUGCAGUUUGUUGAAAUCGUCACUAUUUGAAAAGUGUCACGCCGAAGUGCCCGUCGAGUACUACGUUGAAAAGUGCGUGUUGGAUUCUUGCGGAUGCGAUAUGGGCGGUGACUGCGAGUGUUUGUGCACGUCGUUCGCCGAGUACGCUCAAGCAUGCAACGCGCAUGGCAUCGCCAUCAGAUGGAGAUCGCAAGAGCUUUGCCCGCUUCAAUGCAACGAAGAGUGCUCGUCCUACAGUCCUUGUAUGAGCACCUGUCCGACCGUCACUUGCGAUAAUCCCUUGGGCUCUUCUUCACUUUGUGCGGCUGAUGCCUGCGUCGAGGGAUGCCAGCCGAAGGAGUGUCCCAAAGGGCAAAUCCACCGAUCAGCCAAUGAGCUGUCUUGCAUGCCGAUUUCCGACUGCGCUUCGGCCCUUUGUAUGGUGGUCGACGGCGUUAUGUACGCCGAGGGUGACGUCAUAGAAAGGGAUGCUUGUCACGCCUGUUAUUGUUCAAAAGGCAAACGAGUCUGCCAAGGCCAACCUUGCUACGUGCCUAGUACUACAGCUUCACCUGUGACGAUCCGCACUACCGCAGUUCCGGUAUCCAACACCACGAUCCCCGAAAUGGGUAUUUCCACUUGCCGUACGGGUUGGAGUGAAUGGAUCAACACGCAUCACCCGAAAGAAGGUGGAAACAGAAAUGAUGUUGAGCCAAUUCCCAAUCGACUGAACCCGGGUUUGGCCAAUGCACCUGUUUGCCAUACCGAUCAAAUGGUGGACAUUGAAUGCCGAGCUUCUCAGUCGAAGAUAUCGCACAAAAAGACGGGCGAUAAUGUCGACUGUAAUCUGAAAACCGGACUAGAAUGUACUCCCGGCGGAAUUAGAGGACGCAGCGUUUGCCACGACUACGAAAUCCGUAUCCUCUGCGAUUGCAGUGAAAUGGAAACCCGACAACCAGUUUUGGUAGAACCAACGACCAAGGCGACACCCGUCACAAAAACUUCAACCCGAUCUCCAGUAGUAACUUCUACCAAAAUAGCAUCGACACCGAUUUCUAUCAAGGUGGAACCCACGACUCCGGUUCCGAUUUUGGGUCGUUGUGAUCCCGCCCGGCCAAACAGUCCACACCCGACGAGUUGCCACCUGUUUUACCAAUGUGUCGACCGGAUCGGCGGUGUUGAACAGGUGGAAAAGACGUGCCAACCGCCGACCAUGUACAACCCAGACACUAUGGUAUGCGACUGGCCCGAAGCUGUCAUUCGUAUUCGUCCUGAUUGCGGAUUUAUCACUCCGACUACGACGAAGAAACCGGCUACGACCGGGCCUUGCGUCGAUGGCUGGACCGACUGGUUUAGCGUCACUUCUCCAUCUGCCGGCACGGGAGAUUUUGAAAUCUAUGAAAAGAUCGUCCUGCAGCAUCCCAUGUGUCCUAAAUCGCACAUCCGCGAUAUUGAGUGCAAAUACAUGUCCAGGGAAGCCGGUUCCAAGAAGAAAUCUGGCCAAGCCCGGAGUCUGGCCGACUACAGGUCUUCACCCGAUAAGAAUGUCCAGUGCACCGUUUCAGACGGGCUCAUUUGCUACAACAGCGAUCAGGAUUCUGGACUCUGUCAGGAUUACAAGGUUCGUUUCUUGUGUCGUUGCGAAGAAGACGUCUAUGUCAUCACAUCACCCGACACUCCGACUACGGAGGAAGCCGUCACAACCACCGAACCUCCGACUACACAAGAGGAAGCCGUCACUACAACCGAACCUCCGACUACAGAAGAGGAAGGUGAAUGCCCUGAGGGAUACGCUUGGAACACUUGCGCUUAUUCCUGCAACCAGCUUUGCUUGGCUUACGGUGCCGAGCUGAAACAACGCGGGUAUUGCCGGACGUCGGAGGGUUGCGCUCCUGGAUGUAUCGAAGAAGAGGAGGCGGAUGUACAAACCUCUUUCCGCAAUCGAGGUUGUUCCCGUGGCAAUUUAUGGCGCGAUGCACGGACUUGCGUUCCAGCUCGUGAUUGCACUUGUCGCACUCCGCUUGGUAAAAUCAUUGCGCCGGGAGCAGUUGAAGAGUCGGACGACGUUUGCGAAGUGUGCCAGUGCCUGGACAACGAAUACGUUUGCGAUAAUUCGCGAUGCGCUUACAGUUGGUCAACACCUUCCAUCGAUACUGUUAAAAAUCUGACGGUAAUCACCACGCCCAAACCACGACCCGUCGGUCCGACGAAGGCUCCUGCUUCCUGUUCCGGUUGGUCUGACUGGAUCAACGAAUAUCAGAAACCAGCGUGGGGAGAUUACGAAUCGAAAUCCGUGGCGCAAUUGAACAAAAUUGGAUUUUGUUUGACUGGAAGAAUUGCCGCCAUUGAAUGUCGUGACGCCAAAACCGAUCAGUUGUGGACGGAAAGCCGUAACAAAGAUUUAGUCUGUUCACUCGAGAAAGGCUUCACUUGCAUGCCGUCCCGUCAAGGCAAGGGACGUCCCUGUCAGGAUUUCAAGAUUCGAUACUUUUGCGAAUGUUCCGGUGGCGACGAAGGACUGGGCAGCACAACAACUACCCCAGCAACCACUACUACCCCAACAACCACAACUACUCUUAGACCCACAACUACCAUCAUGAUAUGGUCUACCACCAAAGCCCGUCCCCGAUUUGUUGAUUAUUGUCCUGACGAACACCUGAUGCCUUUGCUCUCCAAUCCUCUGACUGUACCUGAUUCGGCCUUUGUAGCCACCACCUCCAAGAGUGGUAUCUAUGGCCCGUCUAGCGCCCGAUUCGUCAGUUCCAGCAGACCUAAAAGAUAUGCUGUCAGAGUUACCAAGUCCGAUUUGGCCUGGGUGGCAGGUAAACGGGACAUGUUCCAGCACAUCCAAGUUGAUCUCGGCACUCCUACGUUUGUCUAUGGAUUUGAAAUCAGCGGUAGUCCCGCCAACAAGGAAUACGUGACAAGUCUCUUCGUACUCUACAGUGAAGAUAACCAACGGUUCAGCUACGUCCCCAACCGAAAAGGAAAGCCCAGGUUGUUCCGAGGGCCGCUCGAGCAUGACGGCCGUAAGAAGAAUUUAUUUGAUGCCCCAAUUGAAGCUCGUUACAUCCGCCUUGAGCCUCAAACUUGGAAGCACGCCAUCGCCCUGCGUUUUGAUCUGUUUGCGUGCAACAUCACCAGCGAGAGCAUUCAAUUGGUCACGACUCCCAAGCCGUUGGACGAUGUUUGUAAUGACCAGAUGGGAUUGGAAAACGGCGUGAUUGAUGAUCAGCAAAUCACCUUGUCGUCAGUAAACGCCUCGUUCAAUCAACUUCGCUUAGGUAGCGACUCCGCUUGGAUGCCGGCUAUUAAUUCGCGAAAAGAACACGUCCAAUUUGACUUCCUGGAACCUCGUAACCUCUCUGGCAUAGUUACGCAAGGCCACGCGGAUGGACACUCCUGGAUCGAGUCAUACGCUGUCCGUUAUUCCAGUGAUGGAGAGACCUGGUUCACUGUACUCAACGACGACAGCACUCAGCGUGUGUUCCAUGCCAACGUGGACGGCAAUACGCCAACCACGAACAUGUUUGACCGGCUGAUUCACGCCCGUUACCUGAAAAUCGUUCCCUGGUCAUGGCACGAAGCCAUUUCUCUCAGGAUGGACAUUCUUGGGUGCUAUGAACCCAUCACGGCGACUCUUCCGCCGACGCUCCCUCCGACUACGACAACUCCGACAACACCACUCCCCAAAUUCUGCCAUCCUUGCCCCAAUAUUCCGGAUGAUCAUUUGAAUGUCGACCAUUGUGCCUGUCCGCUAACUCAGAAAUGGAACGGCACCGGCUGUGUUCACGCAUCUCAGUGUCCGUGUUUCGACGGUCACUCGAAAUACUCGGUCGGCGCCAUCUACCAGGCUCACGACAGUUGUUUGCAGUGCGUCUGCCGAUUGGGAGGUGUUAGCGAUUGCCAAAAACCAACCUGCCCGGCUUGCGAAUCUGGAAUGUUGAGCCACCUUUCCGAUCACCCGCAAUGCAAAUGCCUGUGCAAACCCUGCGAUUCUGGAACUCGUUUGUGCCAAUCCAGUAACGUCUGCCUGAACGAGUCGCUCUGGUGCAACGGCGUGGAAGACUGCCCGGAUGACGAACGGAAUUGCGCUACAACAACUCCGGAACCGGUUGAAUGUCUUCUAGCUGUUUGUGCCGAAGGUUACAUAGAAAAGAAUACCGGCUUGUUUUCAAAUGAUGGGUGCCCCAUCUAUAAUUGCGCGCCGCCUGCAUCCAGACCCACGGGAGCUCCUUGUCCGGAACCCUCUUGCCCUGCUGGAUUCAUUCUCGAAUUACAGAUGGCAGACUACGACUCGCAACAAACGGGACAAUCUCAUCUGGAUUACGAUCAACUCUCUCAAAAUGGGCAACAACAUAUGGACUAUGAUCAACAAUCAAAUGGAGAUUUAGGGCAACUCAGCCAGUCCACUGAUGAACAACAAUCUGCAAAUCAGGAGAGCUGCCCGCCUUACAAGUGCGUGCCGGAGCAUCCGAAAACGACUCCUACACCUGUGACGCUCCCACCGUUUGUUGAACGAGAUGAUCGUUGUUCCAUGACCGGACGGAUGUUCCGCACUUUUGACGGGACUGAAUAUUCGUACGAUGUCUGCCACCAUGUUAUGAUGCGCGAUAUGCUCAAUGAUCUGUGGUCCGUCUCGGUCCAUGAUCAUUGUCCGGCAACUGAAGCUGGGUGCUCUCGUUUGUUGCGAAUCGAUCACAACAAGGAAAUCAUCGAACUUUUGCCCGGUCUCAAAGUGGGAUACAAAGGAUUCGAGUACUCUAUUCUCCAGGCGGAACAGAUUGCGUCUUUGUCACCUGAUUUCAGCAUCCAUCGAGUUGGAGACUCUGUCCUAUUCCGUUCAGAAGCUUAUAGUUUCUGGAUUGUCUGGGACAUUCAUUCCAACGUCAAAAUUGGGGUGACUUCUAAACUGCUUGAGCACAUCGACGGUCUCUGCGGAUAUUACAACCUGAAGUCAUACGACGACCAGAGAACUCCGGAAGGUACCUUAGCUAAAUCUACCAAGGAAUUUGGUGAUUCCUGGUCGAUUGAAGACAGCGAAUGCGCUCCUAUUAAAUGCCCCGUCAGCUUCCAAACCGCCGCCUGGGAUAAAUGCUCCUUCUUGAAGCAAGAUCCUUUCUCCCAAUGUCACGGAUCUGACGAAGCAGCUUUGGACAAGGCCAUUUUCCGUUGCGUGGACAUUAUGUGCGACUGUAUGGGUUCGCUCAAGGAUAAACUAAUAACCGAAAUCGACGCUGCCGACACUUGCGCUUGUCAAGCGAUGAGCGUCAUGGCCGUCGAGUGCCAUGAUGAACUGCCGACUGUCGAUUUGACUGGCUGGCGUUCCAAAUACGACUGUGCAAUCGAUUGCGGCACUGACGGCUCCGUCUACAAGGAGUGCAACAAGAAAAAGUGCGAACGCAGCUGUCAAAACAACAAGAACCCACAUCCCUGCCCGCCCAUGCCCGAUUUGUGCUACCCCGGCUGCGUCUGUCCAGACGGACUCGUCCGCCACAGCGAUGGAAAAUGUGUCAAACCCAGUGAAUGUCGCGAUUGUGUUUGCGACGCCUUUGGUGAUCCGCAUUACAUUUCUUUCGACCGCAAUAAUUUCACGUUUGGCGGCAAUUGCACCUACGUGGCUGCCCGAGAUAAACUUUCCAAAUUGGAAGCGAAAAUCGAUCACGAUUUCCAGGUUCUGGUGACCAACUCGGAAUGCAACGAGGACGGAAAGACUUCGUGCACGGAUGCAGUGACCAUCAUGUACCAGGAUCACGUCAUCAAUGUCCGCAAUUCUGAGCAAACACAUUCGGUGAUGGCGUCCAUGGAUGGCGUUCCGGUUGAUAAUUUCCCUGUGCAUUUACCUUGGGUUAGAAUUGAAAAGUUGCCUGGAGAACAGGUCUCCGUCCUGCUGAUGGCAAUUCAAGUGGAAGUAUCUUAUUACAUGUACAGUCGAGGCUUCAAAGUUCGACUUCCGUCUCAACUCUAUCUGAACAAAACGGAAGGUCUUUGUGGCAAUUGUAACUCGGAAAUUGAUGAUGACUCGAUGAGCAAUCAAGCCGGACUCGGUUGGCUGGUCAGCAAACUACUCAGAGAACCUCCCACGGGUGAAGAGGAUCUUUGCCAGAUUGCCCCGCAACCGGAAUGUACUCCGCUCAAUCCCGAUCAAGAUCCUUGCCUCAAACUCCUGGACAGCGACCUGUUCAAAAUGUGCAAUGCUGUAGUUGACCCAUUUCCCUACAUUGCAGCCUGCCAAUACGAUACGUGCAAGAGCAGCGAUCCAGCCACGGCCGCUUGUCCUUCGUUCGAAUCCUACGCUCGUGAAUGCUCCCGUUACCAAGUUUGUUUGAAUUGGCGCUCGUCUCAACUCUGCCCGAUUGAAUGUCCGUCUGGCAUGGAACACCAACAGUGCGGUUCCGGUUGCCAAUCCAUUUGCGGACAAGACAAGGAUUUGACAUUUACUUGCCCCAUGAGCGUUAAUGAUGGCUGUUACUGUCCGACUGGUCACGCCUUCAAUCAGGAACUUGGACGCUGUGUCCCUCAAGAUCAUUGUGAACCUUGCGACAGCGAAGGCCAUUACAAAGGAGACCAUUGGAAACCAGAUGCUUGCACGACUUGCUCCUGCGAUGAUGACGGACAUGUUCAAUGCGUCAAAAGAAGUUGCGCAUUGGAAGAGUGCCCACCUGAGCAUGAACGAUCGAUUAUCCAGCCAGGAGAGAAUGAAUGCUGUCCAACUGUCAAGUGCAUGAAGGAAGAAAAUUUGGUCACCAAAAAGCCUUGCCCGGAAGUUCCAGUACCUAUGUGCGGACAAUAUCAAGUUCUUCGUUACCAGAAUAUCGACGGAUGUCCCCGACAAGUAUGCGAGUGUAUUCCGUUCGACGAAUGCCCGCCCAUGGACACACCCGCUGCCAAUCCUCUAGUCGGAGUCAGUUAUCACGUCAACACGACGGGCUGCUGUUAUCACCUGGACCGAGUUUGCUCAUUAGACGAAUGCCCACCGAAGCCCGAGUGCCCACCGUUCUACGAGAUUGAAGUCAAGGCCAGUUGGGAAGAGCUCUGCUGUCCAGAAUUCAGUUGUGUUCCACCGAAGGAUGUCUGCGUUUACGAACAUGUCUACGCUCAACAUCAGAACCUUGAAAUUCUCACCACGACAACUCCUCAGCCCAAAGGAAAACCGAAAAAGGGCGUCAAAGGAAAGCGUAGCAUACAAUUCCGCCAGGAUUCUCUCAUCCAGCAGUACGGCAUCAACGCCACUUGGAAAGACGGACCUUGUCUCGAAUGUACCUGUUUGACCGAGUUGAACAAUCCGAUCCCGCGAACAACUUGCACGGCGACCAAUUGUCCGGAACCUGUUGACGAUGAUUACGCAAUUAAGGCGGAACCAGUACCAGACAGUUGUUGCCCGCGUCAUGUUCGCAUAGCUUGCCGUCAAGGAUCCAAUACCUAUAAGGUGGGAGAGACAUGGCCAUCACCCAGCGGAGACCCGUGUCAAACUUACAUUUGUUUGGAAGGUUCGGAUGGAACGAUCAUCAAGCAGCUCCAAAUUGAAUCAUGUCCGACUUGUCCAUCUGGAUGGGAGUACCAAACAGGAAACUCUUCCGUUUGUUGUGGAACUUGCCAACAAGUGGCUUGCGUAUCUGCGGAUGGCACCCAGCACGCCGUCGGCACGACAUGGAAAGCGGAUUUGUGUACCAAGAUCUCUUGUGUCAUGCGAGACAACGGGUUACAAAUGGAGAGCUUGCGAGAAAACUGCGAUAAACCAACCGACGAAGAUGUUUACAAUUACGAAACUAUUACACCGCCGAAUCAGUGUUGUCCAUUGUAUAAAAGAAAGUCUUGCUUGUACAACGGCAGAGAGUAUCAGGUGAACGAAACUUGGUCAACGAACGAUCAGUGCGUGACUAUGGUCUGCAGCCUACAGGCCGACGGACAGGUUGCUCGUCAAGAGGUUAUGCUCUCUUGUCCCCCGGCAUCUGACUGUCUAGAGGGUUAUGAGCACGAGCCGCCAGGCCCGACAGAAUGCUGUGGAAAGUGCGUGCAGGUCGCCUGUGUCUUGAACGGAACCCUUCAUCCGAUUGGUUCUUCGUGGAAUCCAGAUCCAUGCACUUUCUACUCUUGCGUCGGUAGCAGAGGUCACGGUCAUGUAACCGAGUCACAAGUUUUGUGCUCUCCCAUCGGUGAUUGCCCUGAGAAAAAUCGGAUUAAGAAACCGGAUGAGUGUUGUCCUAUUUGCAAUGCCACCGAAUCUCAGAAGAAUUGUUUACCUGAAGAGGUGCCACUUGAGAAAACGGUCGGUUACGUUGUUCACGAUUCCGUCAUGCACGGCAAGUGCGUCAACGUCGAACCGGUUCAUGGCCUCACUGAAUGCGUCGGUCACUGCCAAUCUAAAACUGUUCACGAGCCAAAUUCCAUUGAUCCGACUAGUCACUGCGAAUGUUGCCAGGCUGAAGAGACGAAAGAACUCAAGACGACACUAACGUGCUCUGACGGCAAAACUUGGGUGCAAGUUCUUCGUGUCCCGACGUCGUGUACUUGCAGUCUGGGUUGCAAUGGAUCGGCAGAUCAACAGACUGUCAACAAUCCUGUGGUGCAAGCGGAAAAUUUGCUGCUUGCCACUCAACAAGAACAGAACCUGGAAUCGCUGACGCAAUUAGUAGAGAAACAGUUGAAGCAACAGCGUGAUGAUGAUCAAUUGCAAAUCUUACAGCAGCAGAGCAAAGGACGUGGUGAUGCCAUUGCACGUAAAGGCCGCCGUUAAGUUUAAGGCGUGACUUUGUGUUUUUAACAAAUGGGCGAAGUUGUAAAAUGCUCUCCGUUUCUUCCUCCCGCUUUAUUAUUCCUUAAUGUGCAUAGCAUAAACGGAAUCUAGAAGUAUUACUUCGUCCACUCUUUGCUUCCACUUUCGCAACCGUUCCGUAAUUUUCUAAAAAUGGAACGACGGCGACGAUUUUCGCACUACAUUUUUCCUUGUGUAAACAUUUUGUUUUCCUGCUGUUAUUACGUUUGAAAUAAAACGGGACUUGUAACUUUA